AUGUCCAACGGUAAAGACGACGACGAAAUACCUACUCCACAACGCCCUCCAUCCCCACCGCUACACACCACAUUCACUGUUCGCGGCAUUCAUGCCCCCACAUUCUCGGCCUUCCGGCCACGCGACAUCAAGAUAUCGUCGCCACAUUCCAUGACCCAUGUGGCCUGGAGCUGUGAUGGAAAGCGGCUAGGAGCUACCGGGAUUGACAAGUCCAUACGCGUGUGGCAGCCCGAGCACAGCUUGGAAUUGCGUUCCGCCACCUCAUACAAUACCCACACAGAUGACUUGGACUAUUUUGCCUGGAACCCCACUCAUGCGGACCUCUUUUGCUCAUCCAGCCAGAGGGAUAGAAGGAUCGUCUUCUGGGAUGCACGACAGAGCAAACCUACCCAUACAAUAAACCUCAAGUACACCCCGGUACAGCUCGUCUACUCGCCAGACGCUAGCACGAUCCUCUCAGUCUCCUCGCUCUACAAGUUGUUUAUCCUUACAUACGGCAAAGAUGGCGAAGAUUCUCCAGAGCAGUGGCGCGUACGCCCAUCACCCGAACCUUUAGUAAGUCUACCCAUCACCACUGUGCUAUUCAAUCAUACUGGCGACGCCUUCAUUACCGCACACACUGCUGAUGCGAACCUCCGUGCUAUCAGAUAUCCAUCCAUAACGUCCGCUACAUCUUUUGCUGCGCAUGUUGGCGGCUGUAUCGCCACCGCGUUCGACCCACGUGGCCAAUACCUUGCGUCAGGUGGGCAUGACUCGAUUGUCAACCUGUUCGAUACCUCGGAUUGGAUUUGCACGCGCACGAUCACUGCCUGCGACAACUCGAUUCAUGCGCUGAGCUUCUCGCACGACGGCGAAUUCAUCGCUAUCGCUAACUCGGGGGCAUAUAUCGAUAUAUGUGCCACAGAAACUGGCAUGCCAAUGCAUCGCAUUCCCGCACCUGGUCCUGCGCAGGCCGUAUCAUGGCACCCCUCGCAACCCUUGGUUGCUUACUGCGGGCAGACGAAGUCUAAGGAAGGUGGCCCCGCGCCUCUUGCGUAUGUCAGUGUAUUUGGCCCGGGAAUAUAG